CGGCGGCAGCGUGGCCGUUGAGGGGUUGGUCUGCGCCGCUGCUCUCCCGCGCCGCGCGGUACAGCACCCUCCUGCACCCCCGGUGCCGGGCGCUCGCUGCAGCUUUUUGAAGUGGAAGAAGCUCUCUCUCACCGCUCUUUCUCUCCGUGGGGAGCAAAACACGGGCACCCUUGCCUGCCACACGCUUCUGGUCUUUCACGGUGGAUGAGGUCGCCUGCGGAUCCAGGCUGGGCCUGUAGGCUGCCCAGGUGCAGAUUUUUUUAAAAGCCUCAUGGGACGUAACAUCAUUGCUAGAUCCCUGGUACAUUUAAGAAACCUGACUGCAUGAGAAGCACUCUACCUGGGCACAGGAUGUUACCUGGCAUCAGAGAACUCAAUGAUCCAGACUUUCCUUAAUUCUAAAUGUGCUAUUCUUCAUUUCAAGAUGCCUUUGCACUUCUGAUAAAUGCAAACUGACAACUCUCAAGGCCACAUCAGAGAAAACCAUUACUGCUUGAAGCCUGGAAGACUGCCCUUAAUGAAGGAAAGUCCUCGAUUGUUGUUUGAGAUGCUGAGGAAGUUACUGCGGAAGAGACUUUUUUCUUAUCCCACGAAAUACUACUUCUUGCUGCUUGUUUUUUCCCUAGUCACCUUCUCUGUUUUAAGAAUUCAUCAGAAGCCUGAAUUUGUAAGCAUUGGACCUUUGGAGCUGGUUGGAGAGAAUCCUAGUAGCGAUAUUAAUUGUACCAAAGUUUUACAGGGUGAUGUAGAUGAAAUCCAAAAGGUAAAGCUUGAGAUUCUAACAGUGAAGUUUAGAAAGCGCCCACGAUGGACAGCCUCUGACUAUAUAAACAUGACCAGCGAUUGUACUUCUUUCAUCAAGAGGCGCAAAUAUCUUGUAGAACCCCUCAGUAAAGAAGAGGCGGAGUUUCCAAUAGCGUAUUCUAUAGUGGUUCAUCACAAAAUUGAAAUGCUUGAUAGGCUCCUGAGGGCCAUCUAUAUGCCUCAGAAUUUCUACUGCAUUCACGUGGACAAAAAAUCAGAGGAUUCCUUUUUGGCGGCGGUGAUUGGCAUUGCCUCCUGUUUCAGUAACGUCUUUGUGGCCAGUCAGCUGGAGAGUGUGGUGUACGCAUCAUGGAGUCGGGUUCAGGCUGACCUCAACUGCAUGCAGGACCUCUACAGCAUGAGUGCAGACUGGAAGUACUUGAUCAAUCUUUGCGGUAUGGAUUUUCCCAUUAAAACCAACCUGGAAAUUGUCAGGAAGCUCAAGUCGUUAAUGGGAGAAAACAACCUAGAAACUGAGAGAAUGCCAUCCAAUAAAAAAGAAAGGUGGAAAAAGCAUUAUACAGUCGUUAAUGGAAAGCUGACAAACACAGGGACUGACAAAAUGCACCCUCCUCUUGAAACACCUCUGUUUUCGGGCAGUGCCUAUUUUGUGGUCAGUAGGAAAUAUGUGGAGUAUGUACUAGAGAAUGAAAAAAUCCAAAAGUUUAUGGAGUGGGCCAAAGACACGUACAGCCCAGAUGAGUAUCUCUGGGCCACUCUUCAGAGGAUCCCUGAAGUCCCAGGUUCACUGUCCUUAAGCUAUAAGUAUGACAUGUCUGACAUGCAUGCAAUUGCUAGGUUUGUCAAGUGGCAGUACUUUGAAGGUGACGUUUCCAAGGGCGCCCCCUACCCCCCCUGCAGCGGGGUCCACGUGCGCUCCGUGUGCGUUUUUGGAGCAGGUGACUUGAACUGGAUGCUGCGCAUGCACCACCUGUUUGCCAAUAAGUUUGACAUGGACAUUGACCUCUUUGCCAUCCAGUGUUUGGAUGAGCAUCUGAGGCAUAAAGCCCUGGAGACGUUAAAACACUGACCGUUGGUUGUAGACAAUUUUAGAAACAAUCAGAAGGGUGCAUGAGAGGUACCCCAUCUGAUUCUUCUGCCCUGUUAAUAAACAUCAGAAAAACUGUUGGGGGGCAGGGACUCGAACUCUUCAUGUUAGAGAAGCUACAUGGUUUUUGCAGAGCACCAUCGGUUAGAAAGGUUAUAGCAUUCAACGUUGACCUAGAGUUAUUGUGAAGCCAGGGCAGGUUGCAAGGCAUUGUGGGGAGAGGUGGCCAGGGAAGAGGCCGAAUAUAAAAACUAGCCUGUUAAAAGAGCUCAGGGACUUAACAAAACCAUAAGAUUUGACAUGUGCCAAAAUUACUUUGUGAGCUUUAAAUAUGGCAGGUUUCCUGAUUUGAAUACAUUUAUAGCAACAACCAAUUGUAAGGAUUUAAUUUGUCUUAUAGGUUAUAUUUGUUGAAAUAGAAAUUUGACUUUAAAUGAUCCUUGAAAAUACUUUCUGCUGUAAUAUUGUGCUAUGUAGUGUAUCUGUGUAUGUCAUCUCAGGGAACUUGAAAAAAUGGGCUUGACUGAACAUGAAUAUUUCUGACUAAUUUUUGCUUUUAACAAUGUACAUGUUUUUAAAAACAAAAAUGGCAAUUUCUGGUUUAGUUGAUUCUAUGAAUCAUUGUAGGUUAUUAGAAAAGUUGAUAUCCUUAUUAUUAUAGUUUCUACAGAGUAGCACUCAAUUUUUCCAAAUAUUUGUCUCUCUACUCCUCCCCCCAGUCUCCCCAGACCCUGCUAUCAAGCUGUAUAAAAACUUGUUUUCAUAGUGCCCCAUGUUACUGCUUCAGUUCUCUUGUAAGAUCUAAUUGACAGUAAUUAGUUUAGAGAGCUAAGACAGAAAGGGUGAAAUUGAUAUGGGAGGCAGGAGGAGAAGGAGUCGUAGUUAGACAAUUUCUGAGCCCUAUAAUGAGGGUUAAAACCCAGCAGUCAGCACUAUCCCCAGAAAUUAAGACUGUUGCUCCUUGGAUUCACUUGUGUCCAACCUCCCGGGGUCUUGCAUCCUAAUGUCACCUUUGUGUCUCCAUUUGAAAAGAACUGGCUCCUGUUCUCCUUGCUUCUUCGUGUUACCUGCCCAUUGGUUGUUCCUUAGCCCUUGUAAGUUUCCUUCUCUCUUAGAACCUAUGAGGAGGGAGGAGGUGUGCUAUUGUUCCACAUGGCGUACUUGAAGGCCUGGGAAGCCAAAAGGGAAUAUUAGGUUUGGGGCAUAUUGUUUCAGUAUUGGUGUUAUUCAUAGCAUAUGGUUUUUACUGUACUUUUUCACCAAAAGACAGAUGAUUUGAGGUUGCUAUUGUGCUGUCUCAUAUCUUAAAGUAAAUGAAAAUUUUUAAAAAAACUUUCUUUUUUGCUAAACUGACAUCGUUCAGCCAAUGAUGUAACAGGAAAUAUGAAGCUUUAUCGUUUAGCUGAGACUUUAAACAAGAAUCAAAACCAUGUGCUUUAUUUUUACAACAGCCAAAUUAAAUGGUACAUGAGAAAUUCAUAAUAUCAGACAGUUUUCAGGCAUUCAACUGAGAAAACAUUUUUUAUUCUUCAAAGUUAGAAAACAUUUUUAUUUUAGGAGAGCUUUGUUAUACUGAUCCUCCCAAAUGAAAGUUUCACAUUUUCUAAACCUUUAUUAUCAUUUCUAAAUGUGCUAAGUCAGUGGAUUCCUGUGUUUUGCAUGAUUUAAUAUGGCAGCCCAUGUUGGACCAAGAAAAACAUACUCACUUUGAAAACUCAAGAGAUGAUGUCAAUGAGGGCAUUAUAUGCGUUGUGUUCCAUCUCUAUGCUACCUAAAACCUGUUUGUUCUUUGAAUGCAUGUCAAAUAUUUCUCCCAUACUGUCUUUUAGCAGAAAGAUUUUACCUUUAAGAUAGGGCAUUUUUUAAACUCUAAAACCAGUGAUAUUCAGUGACACAUACUUUGUGUCUCUGUCUUGUAUUUUUACUUCAUUCAUGGUCUCUUGUUCUAUGGAUAUGUUUUCAUAUUUAUUUUGAAAUUUGCAAAUCUACAGGAAAGUUAAAAACAACAGUACAGUGAACACCAUAUAACCCUCACUUGGAGUCACUGGUUAUUAACAUCAUGCCCAUUUGCUUUAAAUUAUGGAUUUUGAAUUUAGCAAAAUUGAAAACUAAAAAUUAAAAAAAAUUUAUACAUAUCUAAAGUUCACAUCAUUCAUCUCAGCACUCUUAUUGUAGUGUGACUGCAUCUGAUUUACAUUUAAUUUGGCAGGUUUUGAGGGAUUUUUCUCCACCAUAGAUAUAAAAAUAGGACUUUAGAGUCUAUUUCCUCAAACCUCACGCUGAAACUGUGGACCCAGCAUCUUUUAUGUAGCUGUGGUCCCUCUUCUUUCUAGAAUGGCACUUGUUGAGAUGUGUCUGAGCAUUACCCUAUUGCUAAUGCCUGUUAUAGGGAUUAUCUAAAAUUUGUUUAUUGAGACUCAUUUUUAUACUGUACAGCAUACCUUAAAGCAAAUGAAAUUCAUACUAUUGGGCCAAACAAUUUGAAGAGUCAAAAAGAUGGUUUCAAAAGGCAGUCCAUAGUACAUCAGGAGGAACAAAACACAAGUUCUUUAGGAAAGUUACAGAAAUUAUUUGAAUUGCUUCAUAUAUGUAAGUUACCAAACACUAAUUUCUUUGUACUGUCAUUUAAGGUGUUUUGUAGGGAAUUAUUAGAAAUCAUUCAAAUAAAUCUUUAAACAUACAUAAACUGCAA